GAUUCAAACUGCUUUCUCUGCGGAAAAUCGCUUCGCUCAGAUGAAUCAUGGCUGCAUAGUGGCGGUCAUAUCUUGAAAGCAAUGCAAGGAGUGAUAGAGGAUGACCUCUGUGAAAAAGUGUCAAUCGGUCAUGCAUGCGGCUUCUGUGGCAAGCCUUCAUGUGCAAGUGUUCGACUAGAAAAAACAAGCACAGGAAGAUACACUAUUGAGUCUCAAUGCCCUCGCUUUCACAUUUUACAACUUGCUUCAGCCCGCAAGUUCUCGAAAGCGACACCAUGUACAAAUGUGCCUGUUCAGUGUAUGCUCUGCAGC